ACGUUGAGACCCACAAUUAAUGCCCAAGAAGCUUAACCGAGAGUAACUAGCCUUGGUCCUGAAACGGGUAGGGCUCUGCAGAGAGAAAAACUGAAGCGGAGGGAUGCGUACUCUGGAUAGCUCCGCCGCUCCUUCAGUUCAGAAAUGCGCCUCAGUCUCAUAAUGCUGAACCGGAUAACCUAAAGUUUGAUUUUCUACUCACUAACAGUCGACGAUCGACAAGAAAAUGCUGCCAAACAACUCCUUUAAGCAUCUGGGAUUUGAGGACGGAUUUUAUCUUUUGAAUUCAUCUGGAAACGAAACACACAGCGAUUCUCACGGCAGCGCAAUCCUCAUCUCCUUCAUUUACACCGUAGUAUGUUUGGUCGGUCUGUGUGGAAACUCCAUGGUAAUUUAUGUGAUUUUCAGGUAUGCAAAAAUGAAGACGGCUACUAACAUUUAUAUUUUGAACUUGGCAAUAGCGGAUGAGUUACUCAUGCUGAGUGUGCCCUUUUUGGUGACUUCUUCGCUUCUUCAUCACUGGCCGUUUGGUUCGCUUUUGUGCCGCCUUGUCCUAAGUGUUGAUGCUAUAAAUAUGUUUACUAGUAUCUAUUGCCUUACUGUGCUCAGCAUAGACCGUUACAUUGCUGUCGUGCAUCCCAUCAAAGCUGCCAGAUACCGAAGACCCACGAUUGCAAAGAUGGUAAACUUGGGGGUAUGGGUCUUCUCUAUUUUAGUCAUUUUGCCCAUUAUAAUAUUUUCCACUACAGCGCCAAAUUCGGACGGCUCUGUUGCCUGUAAUAUGCAGAUGCCGGAGCCGGAGCGCCAGUGGAUGGCCGUGUUUGUAAUCUACGCCUUUCUGAUGGGGUUCCUAUUCCCCGUCAUUGCGAUCUGCAUGUGCUACAUUCUCAUUAUCGUGAAGUUGAGAGUUGUUGCCUUGAAGGCGGGCUGGCAGCAGCGCAAGAAGUCCGAGAGAAAAAUCACACUGAUGGUGAUGAUGGUAGUGACCGUGUUUGUGAUAUGUUGGAUGCCUUUUCACAUCGUUCAGCUCGUUAACGUUUUCGUGGAGCAACACAACGCAACUAUCAGCCAACUUGCUGUCAUUUUAGGAUACGCGAACAGCUGUGCUAAUCCCAUACUUUACGGAUUUCUUUCGGACAAUUUCAAACGUUCGUUUCAAAGGAUUUUGUGCCUCCGCUGGAUGGAGAAUGCGACAGAGGAACCAAUUGAUUACUAUGCCACAGCUCUAAAAAGUCGUGCAUACAGCGUGGAUGAAUUUCAACCGGAUAAUAUGGAGUCGGACAGCACGUAUAGGAAUGGCACUUGCACAUCAAGGACCACAACACUAUAGCACACGUCUUCAAAUUAGUCUAUAUGAUGUUGAGAACAAAUCCAUCAAUGUGACCAUCAAGUGUUUUUAUUUAUUAUUAUUAUUGCUAUUGCAGUAUUCGUUUGUUUCACCCCUGCUGUUGACUGUCUAUAUUGUCGUAAUUAAAUUUUGCUUUCUUCAAA